CCACCUCUGGACCCAAACGAGAACAAGAAGAAUGAGACAGCAGCCUUGACCCCUACACUGAGAGGAAGGUGAGCAGAAAGAAAGAAAGAAAAUACAGAAAAGCCAUGCAAGCACCAAACCUGUAGAUUACUGCAGCUCUUUUUUGCUUCAUUGAGGACAGAUAUUUUACUGACAGCCAUGCAGCAUAAAGGCAUCAUGCUGAUUGUGCUCUUGGAAUAUUUUAUUUCUGGCCAUGGGGAAGCAGACCCCGUGAGGCUACGAGCCUUUCGCUGUAACGGCCGUUCCUGCAACCCUCCGGUGGGAAACCUUGCAACAGGGAGGAUACCGGUCACUCUCACCACGUGUGGCCAGAACAGUACAGAACUGUACUGCUUCUACCCAGACCAGAAUCUCCUCCAUCAGGGCUCCCAUGGCUGUGGGCAGCCUCGCUGCACCAAAUGCAAUGCCAACCAGCCUGAUAACUCCCAUCUCCCUGGCGACAUGACAGAUGAUUUCUUUGCAAACCCCAUCUCCUGGUGGCAGUCUGCCCAAGGGGUACACAGGGAAGAAAUCAGACUGGACUUCGAAACAGAAUUCUACCUGACCCAUGUCAUCGCUGUGUUCAAGUCACCUCGCCCUGCUGCGAUGGUGUUGGAAAGAUCCCAGGACUAUGGGCAGACCUGGAGGCCCUACAAAUAUUUCUCUGUCAACUGUACAGCGACCUUUGGGCUCCAGGAUGAUCUCAUUGAGGAGGGCUCCAUGUGCACUUCCAGGUAUUCAGAUGCAGUGCCCUGCACCAGAGGAGAGGUGAUUUAUCGUGCCUUAAGUCCGGCUAACAAGAUCGAAGACCCCUACAGUCCUGAGGCUCAAGAUCUCCUGAAACUCACCAACCUCCGCCUCCUUUUGUUAAAAAGACAGGAAUGUCCAUGCUAUGGUUCAGGAUUGGUAGAGAAACCCCAGAGAUUUGCCCACUAUGCUAUUUAUGACCUGAUCAUCCGGGGAAGCUGCUUUUGCAAUGGGCACGCAGAGGAAUGUGAGUUUGCCAACAGGACAGGAGUCACGGAGAACGUGGUCCAUGGGAAGUGUGUGUGUAGGCACAACACAGCAGGGGACCACUGUGACAAAUGUGCACCGCUAUACAAUGAUCAGCCUUGGAAGCCAGGAGAUGGAAAAACGGGGGCACCAAAUGAAUGCAGAAAGUGUCGCUGCCACAACCAUGCUGACAGCUGCCAUUUUGACCUGAGUGUCUGGCUGGCAUCGGGAAAGCGCAGCGGUGGGGUCUGUGACAACUGCAAACAUAACACAGAGGGACAUCGGUGUCAAAGGUGCAAACCAGGGUACUACCGAGACAGAGGGAAACCCAUGUCUUCUACAGAGGUCUGCAAACCUUGCGCCUGCCAGCCAAUGGGUUCAGCCAACGCAACUUUCAGCAGAAGCUGGCGAUGCCACCCCAAGACGGGAUUCUGCUACUGCAAGCCAGGUGUGGCGGGCCCCAACUGCGAUAGAUGUCUCAUGGGCUACUGGGGCUUUGGAGAAAAUGGCUGUCGCCCUUGUGACUGUGCCAGAGACUGCGACCAGCAUACUGGAAACUGUUUCAAUGGCUAUGACAAUGAGCCAUUCUUUAACAUCCCCAUUGGGGGACGAAUCCCUGACCCUGUGCAAAUGCCAAGCAACGAGAGCGAAGAGGAGUGGAAAUGGAAUGACCACGAGCAGGGAUUUUCUGCCCUGAGGCACCCAGAAAAGUGUGUGUGCAAAGAAAAGGUGCUUGGAAGCGUCGCUGACUUCUGCCAAAUGAAAUAUGCUUAUGUGAUAAAAGCAAGAAUCCUAUCAGCUCAUGACAAAGGGACCCAUGCAGAAGUUGUUGUGAAAGUGAAGAAGGUCCUGAAAUCAGGCAAAGUGAAAAUUGCUCGGAGCAACAGAAGCAUUUACCCAGAAUCCUGGACCAACAGGGGAUGCACAUGUCCCAUUCUCAAUCCUGGUACUGACUAUCUUAUAGCAGGCCAGGAGGACUCUAGGACCAGCAAACUCCUUGUGAACAUGAACAGCCUGGUGAAACCCUGGAAAGCGUAUUUGGGAAAACAAGUAUCAGAUAUUCUUCGAACUGGGUGCAAAUAAUUUCUGCUUCAGAAAUUACAGUGCUGAACUUUGCCUUUUAGUAACACUGCAGUGAAAGGUGUAGUUAGUUCACGUGUUUCCAUUCAACAUGCUCCUUGCUGAAGUGAUGAAAGCAGACUUACCAUCCUUUCUCCUUUCACUGCUUAAGACAGGAAACUUGGGACAUGGCUACUUUUUUCAGAAGAACACACAGCCUUAUCAUACAAAAUUAACUAGUGCAUCAUACAUAGGUUACAAGUCGGUUCUUAAUUUGAGCUUGAUUCCACCCAGAGAAUCACUUUACAAGGCAAAACUAAAGAUAUGGAUUAGUGUUUCCACACUCCAGGUCAGAGCCUGAUAUUAAUAUGUAAAAGCUGCUUACAUAAUACAUUCAUUACUUGGAGUUUUCUUUAUAAGUGACCACUAACAGGCAGCAGUUUAUUUCAGCUUUACAAGUGGCAUAAUACUAAACAAGCAUGUCAAACAACAUGUAUUUAAAAGAGCUCAGAUUGAUUUAACAUCAGAGUGUAAUUAUGCCAAUACAACAGGUUGCUUUCUAGAAGGCAAUUAUAAUCCCAUUGCUGAACAGAAACACACUAACAUGUGACUUAUCUUGGGACAAGUUCCUUUACAGAUGUACAUUGCUAUCAUCAAUGCUUAGUGCUGAGGUCUGCUGCAGAAACCACUUUGGCUCAAACUUGAUUCCAAAACCAGCCCUUGCUCUCUAAGGUCAUUUUGCUCUUUGCUCUAGUACUUCAGUCUGUAACACAACAAAGGUUUCACAGUAAUUACAACUAAAAAGCCUUAAUGCUAAGGGAAGGGCCAAAACACGAGGAACUAGCAGCUGCUCUAAUGUUGAGUUUCUAAUGCUACAAAGGCAGGAGGUGGUAAAUGGAUCGGCUGGACUAUGUACUAGAUGAGGUAGCUGUAGUUCCUGUGAGAGCAACCUGGCUAUCUGAACUGUCCUCGGACCACUGGCAUUUGAUUCUGCUUUAUUUCUCUUGGUCACACUUCAGGUUGAUAUACUGAAGAUAGGCUUCCUUCCCCUUGUGCUUGAGGAUUAUUUGUCCCUCCACAAAAGCAUAGGAGUGGUAAUAUCUGCACUCUAGGUAAAAAUAGUUCUGUUCUGCAAAAGCAUUAUUACUAAAUCAAUUUUACCCUACCCUAUAGUAAUUAAGAGGUAGCUACUUAAAUCACUCCCUAACAUGGUAUUUUGAGGAAAGUGUAGUUUAAGACCUGCAUCCUCUGUUUAAGGACUCAAGAGCAAAUGAAGCUGGUUGGAACACAUUCCCUCUUCAAGUAAAGCAGGAAGAGUCAGUCUAUUCUUCCAGGGGAUUAUGGAGAAAAAGCAUGUAUAUGUGCUACUUUUGCAUGUUUCUAUUCCAUGUCUGUAAUUUAAUGCUCUCAGGAAAGAGGAGAUAUUUAGCACUGAAACACAUAGAGUAUCUAGAAAAACCUAAUACUAGUGCAGAAUGAUGGAAGUCCUAGUCUACAACUUAGGCUAUCAGAUCGUUCUCUAUCACUGGGAACUGGAAAAUCAGCUUCUUUCAUUCCAUUUGUUGCCAUUUUGCUUUUAACUUCAUGUUGGCUGAACAGUAGAAAAUUCCUCAGCUCAUUUGGAAAUGGAUGACAGGCAGAUAGUUACAGAAUAAAAGCCCCACUUUUUUCCCCAAGAGUGCAUUAACAGUGUUUCUUCCUUCCCCCCCUUUUCAGGAAGUUUCCCCUUCUCCAUUGCUUUCCCUCUUUCACUUCAUUAUUUAUUUGUUGUUACCUAAAGUGGUAUCCAACAACGUGGCAUUUCCACCAAGCCCUUUAAUUAACGCAAUAAAACACUUUUUAACCGAGGAAUUUGGCUUAAUUUGAAAUGUCAGUUUACAGAAAUUAACAGCAUAGCAACUGCUUUCUUUACUGUCUCCAGAAAUCAUCUCACAACAAAAAGAUUGACAAGUUCUCUUUCAAAUAUCAAUAAAGAUGUGUACAUGAAUUUACAGUCUGUUCUCAAAGGACCUCUCAGAAUAAAUGAAAAUCAAGUGUAGGUUUAGAACGAGGCUGAGGAACAUGCUUUUCAACAGAGGCCAUUUUACCUGCAGGGGAUCUUAUUUAAUGAUGAACAUAAUGCGUUGUGGUUAUAGUCAGUAUCAUAUUAAAACAAACUCCCAUAUUCCACUUUUUGUGCCAGAUUGGUGAUUUUGUGGGGAGGGUAAAUGUCUGUGUAGUUCCUUUCUGUGGAGGAAAGUAAUUUUUUAACAUUUACAAGCAUUUCUAGCUACCACUAGUAGAAAUACUAUUUGGAACUAGAAUAUUGAUACCCUGGUGUGUUCUCUUGGGGCCUGCUAUAAUACAGUGAUUAAUGACUACUAAAUGCAAACACUGUUGUAUGCAAACAAGACAGCCAUCAAUAUAUUACACAUCUCAGAUAUCUCAAAAGGAGGCAACGCAUACACACGUUACAGAAAAAGCAAGUAGAGUGGGGGAACCCAAAAAUACUCAGCUAACUUCCUUCCCUCCUUCUAUUUCCCAUUCUUUUGGAAUCUCUAAUUUACUUGCUGGUACUUGUAUAGCUAACUACUUCAUUCCCUCCAUUAGUUAGAAACAUUGCACAUUUUGUUUCAGCUACUAGCUUGUGUUUAAUGGUUUUGCUCAACAGAGCAACGGGUAUUCUGUAAGCAUGGAAAUCAAUUUUAAAGUGAAAGCACAUUAGUGCAAGUCAACACUGGAAGUUGAUUUUUUAUUGGUAUCACUACUUCUGCUAAUCAGGUAUCUCUGAGUUCACUGAGAGAAAAAAAAUAAAACAAUUCCAACUCACACAGAGUUAACCAUGUUCCAUCUUUGUUCUGCAGUGCUACAAUCCAGGUAGCCUGUCUGAAAAUAAGUGUCUCAACAGAAAUGAACUGCAUAGAUCAAGUUAGAACAGCUACUGAUUAAAGAAGAGAUGAGAAAGUUUAAUUUGAUCACCAUGAGAAUUUGGCGAGGAAAAAAGUUAUUUUCUUGUGUACUGGUACCUGAAAAUAAGAUGAGCACAAGACAGUGCAAGAUGACAACUGUGUUCUAGUAGAAGCUGUUACAUAUUCCUCAGAAAAAGCAAACAAGGUCAUACAUAGUAAAUUAAAAGCACUAUCAUAGAAGACAUGGUAUUCCUGUACCAAACCACAAUUGUUUUGUAGGCCCGUCUACAGUAUCACAUAUCUUGUGAUCUUCUCUGGGACUGUGUGUCUUAGUGGCACAGCAAUACAAAGAAUACCAACAUGGAAAAUAGGAUGCAUCUGCUCAAUACAGAAGUGGCUGGACAGCUUCUUUUAGUAGGUCUAAAAUGGGACCUGUAUUUAAACUGGCCACAUGAACAACCCUACAGCACCCAAACAGAUACGGCGUUUCACAAGCACUAACCACCACAUAUCAAGCAGUAGCAAUGAUGUAUCACUUGGAAAUCCUGCAUAAGGAUCAAAUAAAAGCC